AUAAACUGUUUGGUUGGUGCUUGGUGACAAGUGAGGCCUGACGUUUCAUCUGAUGCGAACCGCAGUAAACACUUAUUUCGCUCGUUAAUUACCAGGCCUCUGACGGUAAUUAACAACCAUGGGGAAAAGAUGUGUUUGCGAAAUAUGCAACUGUGGUCGCCAUCACUGUCCUCAUCGCCCCUGGCGCCCAGGUGGUGAUUAUGGCCCCUGUAUGAUUACAUCAUACAAUACAUCCUACAAGCAGCAUCCAAUUGCCCCGAGGGAGAGUUGCAAACCUGACCCAUCGGCUCUACGCAGUGAGGAUCCACUGUCCGAUAAGACUACUUUUAGAACGGACUACAUCAAGCACCCCCUUGAGAAACCCUACGUCCAUGCUCAUGAUGUAUACAAGAAGCCUGCUGGAGAGAUUGAUGCACUUACCUCCUAUCACAGGGAUUACACUGAGAAGCAUGCACCACCAGCUCAGAUGAUUAAGCAUGAUGGUCAGAAACACUUGCCUGCCAAGUUUGAAGGGGAACCUACUUACAAAAUUGACUACCGCAAAUGGCCCCUUGAGAGAGUGCAGCCUAAGGCCCAAGAUGCCUGGGUGCCGUCAAACCAACCAUUUGAAGGACAGAGUACUUUCACACGUGACUAUCGUAAGUACAAUGAGCCACCGAGAAAGAGCAUAAAGCCAUCUCAAGCAACACAUAUGUCAGAGGCACCUUUUGAUGGGAACACAGGGUACAGGGAUGAUUACAUCCGUCAUCCAAUGCAAGCAAGAGAGCAGAGAGAAAAAGAGUUGUACAAGCCUUCCAAUGUUCCAUUUGAUGGCAUGACCACGUUCAAUCGGGAUUAUACCAAGAAGCAUGGCUCCAAGACAGAAUCUUGCAAACCAAAUGCCGAGGCUUUCCAGUCUGAUGCUCCUUUGGAUGAUCUCACUACUUUCAAGAAUGAUUACAGGAAGUGGAACGGAGAGAGGCCCUAUGUACACCAACAUGAAUCCUACAAGAAGCCAGAUGGAGAAAUUGAUCUCAAUACCACUAACCGUAUCCAGUUUAAGCCCCACCCACCACAGAGAGUGGCUAUGAUGAAACCAGGAGACGGAAGAGUGAUGUUCCCUGGUGAGUUCGAAGGUCUAACAAAUUACAAGAGUGAUUACAAACCAUGGGGAAUCCACAGGGAGCAGCCCAAACCGAGGGAAGGAUGGGUGCCCAACAACAUACCUUUUGAUGGCACUCCAACUUACAAGGCUCACUAUGUCCCACAUUCAAUGUUGCCACCAAAGAGCCUGAAACCAGAUGCUUCUGCUAUGGCCAGUGAUGCACCUUUUGACGACGCAACCAUGUACCGCACAGAGUUCACGAAGAAACAUGCGGACAUAUGCCCAGCGGCUAUCCUUGAUACCAAUGUUUCCAAGUAUUCCUAUGUUGAAACGGAUCAAAGAGGUCACAAGCAAUAUGUACCCCUGUAUGAGACAACAACGCCAUUGCGCAGAACAUCAUCUGCAAACAUACCUAAAGUACCAAGAGCUGUCUUCGCUUAAUAUCUACUGCAAUGAGUCCGCUAUGUUGGGGUUUUAGUUCCAUUUUUUAUUUUUUGAAAUAUCCUUUAUAAUCUACACAGCUUUUUUAGCUUAUAUAAGUAUAGAUAUAUAUUUGUUAGAUAAAAAUGCAUGUAAAAAUCUAAUCAUGUACAGACUUGUCCUUCUCCUGUCUUCCACCACAGGCAUAGCAGACCUGAAAAUAUUGUGUUUCAGUUUUAAAACUUUAUUACUCUUUUCUGUAUUCUCAGCCUUGGCUCCGAAAAUAUGUUAAAGAACACCUUUACAUUCUUUUAUUUAAAAAAAGAAACUAUGAAUUUAGAUGAGCAAUGUCUGAAAGUGUAAGAAUGUAAAUUUCUAUGGUUUUCCUUACGUUAUCAACUGAAUUUUUAUUGCACUAAAAUGCUCUCCAAAAUGGGAAAACAUAUAUUCUUUUAAGAGGAAGGGUCUGUGUUUGCCUGGUGUAUAUGUUCGCGUCAUUGUCAAUAAAACUCCGUAUUCAGUGUCAAGUACAAAUUGUUCAUUGCUCUCUUAACAAUAUGACAUCCUAUAUAAACGUCAAACACUAGCUCAAGGGCUUCAAAAGAGACACAUUUUCGCAUUAAUGCCUCUUCAGCACAACAUUGUACUUCUCCGUAGAAAAAGAAAAGCUUUCAUGUGAUUGUCCAGUGAAAAAUAUAUCUUGUCCAUCAUUGUUGCUCAAAUUAAAUGAUUAACACUUUGUGGUCACUUGCCGCAAUAAUGCGACGAUGAAAAUUAUCCGUAGUUCUGUGCAAGGCCCAAGAAGUCCGUUGCAGUCACUCUCCUGGUUGGGUGACAGAUGGGGUAUUUUAUAAGGCUGGCUGUGUGACUGCAAAGUGUUAAUCAAUACAUUUUUGUCAAAAUUUAUCCUGAUACUUUCAAUUGAUUUUUAAAAAAGAUUAUUUAAUUUGAUAAGGGACAUAGAGAAGAUUUGUUGAUAUUUUCCAAUACGUCCACAUGAAAAAGAUUUAAAACAAAAUAUUGACCUGCUAUGACCCUAACUGUUGUAUUAAGCAAUGAAGAAUUUAAAACAUUUGUUUUCAUGCUACAAUAGAAUCUGAGGUUUUGGUACAAAGCACAGUUUGAGAACCAACACCCUGAAGAGGUUCGAGAAUGUGUCUUGUUCCCAGCAGAAGAGAACAAUCUGAAUGGUGCGUCAAAAAUAGUAACAUGCUGAGUUUGUCAACUAUUUUUUUAACCAUAUUUUACAACAAGUUUUCUAUGUCAAUAGCUAAGAGAACUGCUGUUGCCAAAAACUUUGUGGAAAUCACAAUUGUCAAAUCAGAAUUGCUGCCAUGUCAAUUUUUCUUCAGUACAUACUGUUCUGACAGUUGUACUUGUUUUCUAUUUCGCUUACAGUUAAAUUCAGAUGAACUUGUAAAUAAAUAAAUUACAUGGGAAACAGCUUUGUUCUGUUGUUUAUGACUCUGCUCUUUUUUUCCAAUCUAGGAAUAUUUAUGCAUUCCUCAAAAAACUUAUGAUAUAUUAACCCUUUUCUUAAAAACACGCUGCAUAACUUCUGCUUGCAUCUCUUUUCAUCUUUGUAGACAAUCAUUGCCAUGCCAUAAGUUUGUUUUUCUAUUGUUCAUUGGGGAUACAAGUUAAGAAUACUCUUUUGUAUAGUAAUAAAAGCUCAUCC